UGGUUGGAAAUGGAGGGUCAGGAAAUGUAUAUAGAGUGAUCACAAAGAAAGGCAAAAAAGUUGCUGUUAAAAGUAUAAGGCAUGAAAGAAACGAAGGCCACAUUUUGGAGAAGCAGUUUAUAGCAGAGGUUAAGAUCCUUGGGGGAAUUUGGCACAACAACAUAGUGAAAUUGUUAUGCUGCAUCAGAGGAAAGACUACAAAGCUUCUUGUGUAUGAAUACAUGGACAAACAAUGUGUUCACAAAUGGUUGCAUGGAAAGAAAAGAAGCUUAACUACUCAAGUCUUGCAGUGGGAGAGGAGGCUAAAAAUUGCCAUUGGAGCUUCACAAGGGCUUUGCUAUAUGCAUCACAGUUGCAAUCCACCCAUUAUUCAUAGAGAUAUCAAGUCCAGUAACAUACUCGUCGAUUCUGACUUCAAUGCCAAGAUUGCAGACUUUGGACUGGCAAAGUUGAUGGCAAGCGAAGGAGAUCCAGAAACAGCAUCUGCUAUUGUGGGAACCUUUGGUUACAUUGCCCCGGAAUAUGGCAGUACAAGAAAAGUGGAUGCGAAGAGCGACAUCUACAGCUUUGGCGUAGUUCUCUUGGAAUUGACAACUGGAAGAGAAGCCGUGCUUGCAAAUGAGGAUAUGAACCUGGCACAAUGGGCACACAAACACCAAAGAGAAGGGAACUCAGCUGCAGAUGCCCUAGAUGAGGAGAUCAAGGACCCGCGUUAUCUGGAGGCAAUGAUCGCUGUUUUCAAAUUAGGCCUUGCAUGCACUUUGAAUUCCCCAUCAAGCAGGCCGUCCAUGAAAGAUAUUUCACAGAUUCUUCAAAGAUACAGCGAGAACACUCAUCUGUCUUUAGAGAGCCAAUAGACAAUAUAAUAUUUCCAUUUUACUUUUGAAUGCAAAAUAUUUUGCAAUGGUUUGUUUAGUUUAAUUUGACUAUUGCACUCACAUUGCAAUUAUGCUGGAUCCUUCAUAAUUCAUAAUGCAACUCCACAUUGUUUCCUUGAUUUUCUUAGAUGUUAAAGUGACAAAUAAACUUUCUGGAGCGCAAUAGUAACUGCAUUGG